CUCGCGGAAGCGAGUGAAGAUGACGUGAAUGGAGUCUAUCUGCAGCAAAACUCCUCAGUCAUAAAGUUUUAGUAAAUGUUUGCUGUAUGAAAGUUGGAUGUGUGUUUGAGUUAACGGGACAAAGCGAUUUAAAAGGGAUCCCGACACCCAGAGACAUAACGGGAUCAAGAGGCAGCUGACAUUUCCCAUAACUCUUUGAUGGAUACAACAGAGAUGUGCCAUGCUGACAUGUAUACCGUAGAGAAAAUUGCUGUUAAUAUUAAAAGGGAGGAGGAGGACUGUGAGUGGGGAUCUGAUCACCCUAAACCGGAGAGGCUCUGCAUUAAGGAUGAGGAUUGUGACUCUGAGACAAUAGGCAUUAAAGAAGAGGGUGUCAAGUCCUUCCUGAUUGACACACAGAAACAUGUAAUUACUGACAACGUCAAAGGAGAAGACGUCCAUUCAGAGUCUACUCAUUGGUACGAAUGUCAAGAGAGAUGCUGUUCAUUUGAGGUGUAUUCAGUCAAAGUGAAAUCUGACUCCGAUGAGGAAAUGUCAUCAAGUAGGGCCUUGGAAGAUCAACCAUCAUCAAAUGAAUCUGGAGAAAAUAUACAAGAUGGUGGAAGCUCCUCCUUGUCUUCAUUUCGGCAGAUUUCCUUUCACUGCAGAUCGCAACAGACAGCACUUAAAGGAAACGUGAAGAAAGCAAUAUCUGUAUCAGAAAUUUCAAUACCAACCACCUUGCAGCAUCAUUCUAUGACUGACGUGAACUCUCAACAUGAGGUGAACAACACAAAUUCAAUUGAUUUGUAUAUUGAACAUGAGCAAACAAAAAGUUUGAAAUGUAGGUCUAAAAAGGAACGUAAUCAUUGUAUUCCUACAAAACGGAAGUCUCACUUCUGCUCUGAAUGUGGUAAACAAUUCUCAAAAAAGAGCCGUCUUGAAACCCACAUGAGAAUCCAUACUGGAGAAAAGCCCUAUCAUUGUAAUGCAUGUGGCAAACGAUUCUCUGAUAAAAGCUAUUUUUUGCUCCACACAAGGAGUCAUACUGGAGAGAAUCCUUAUGGCUGUUCUGAAUGUGGCAAACGAUUUGCAGUAAAGAGUCAUCUUGAAACCCACACAAGAAUUCACACAGGAGAAAAACCCUUUCAGUGUAAGGAAUGUGGCAAACGGUUUUCGGUAAUGAGCAGUCUUCGAAGUCACACGAGGAUUCAUACUGGAGAGAAGCCGUACCGCUGUCCUGAAUGUGGUGAGAGAUUCACUCACUGGAGUGUUCUUCAGAACCACACAAUUGUUCACACUGGAGCAGCGCCAUAUUGUUGUUCUGAAUGUGGCAAGCAAUUUUCAAACAGGAGUAAUUUUCAGGCCCACAGAAGAAUUCACACUGGAGAAAAGCCGUAUCACUGUGGUGAAUGUGGCAAACAAUUUUCAAAUAAGAGCAAUCUUCGAAGACACACAAAAAUUCACAUUGGAGAGAAAAAUUACUGCUGUUCUGACUGUGGUAAACUAUUCUUAUUGUUGGAUGAUCUUCACAGCCACAAAAGAAUUCACACUGGAGAAAACCCCUUUCACUGUCAUGAAUGUGGCAAACAGUUUUCAAAUAAGAGCAAUCUUCGAAGACACACAAGAAUUCACAUUGGAGAGAGAAAAUACUGUUGUUCUGAGUGUGGUAAGCGAUUUUUACAAAUGGAUGAUCUCCACAGCCACAAAAGAACUCACACUGGAGAAAAGCCCUAUCACUGUAAUGAAUGUGGCAAACGAUUUUCAGUUAAAAGUAACCUUCGAAGACACAUAAGACUUCACAUGGGAGAAAAGCCAUAUUGCUGUAACGACUGUGGCAAGCGAUUCUCUACCAGAUGCAGCUUUCAGAGACAUUCAAAGCUACAUUGGAGUAAAGAAAAUGAGAAAACUGAUAAAAAGGAAACUGAAACAUUUUGGAGGAAUCUACACAACACUACCCAAGAAUGUACUAAAGAAGCAGAAUGGAGAAGUAAUCUAUACUCGGACACAGAAAACACACAACUGAAAGAAAUGAAAUAGUCUGAAGCUGCAGCCAAAAUAAUAGAAACUGCAUUCCAAGAAGAGCUACUGACUCAGAUCCUGACACCAUACCCAGCUUGAGUCUUACUCAAAACUAACCCCCAAUAUCAACAUAUGGCCAAGUAUGAAAGAGGUUAAUGUGUCAACUGCAGGUGCCACCAUAGUGGCCCAUCACAGGACAAACUUUCCUUUGACCAAAUUGGAGAAAACCUAAUUAGCAAAAAUCUACCACCCCAAUAACCUGACUCUCUUAAAAUCGGUUCACAACAUAAGAAUUUACAGUCACUUAGAUCAGAAUUAGAAAAUGUAGCAGUAGAAGAGAAGGGGGAUCAAAGACGGUCACAGAGUACAACAGACCAGAUAUUGUUAAGGUAACUAAGGACAUUACUGAAUACUAACGGAAAGGCAGAAUCUCAAUGCCAUUUGUAGAACCACAAAAGAAUCAUGCUAAGAAGAACCCUAAUUUGUAUUCUUAAUAUGGCAAACAAUUGACAAUGGAGAAAAGCCCUAUCAGUAUAAUGAAUGUGGUAAAUGAUUUUCAUGAAUUAACCAUUUGCAGGAUUACAAAAGAAUUCACAUUGGACACGGAUGGGACUUACAAUGACCAGAUUCUAAGUAAUUGGCAAUUAAACAGAACAACAGCGAGAAGGUCAUAAAUCGCAAAAGAACAGUUAUUGUGAACUAAAGUAAGGGUGCUAUAAGAAAGAAAAACAAAAACAACAGUGUGGUGUGGAUCAAGCAUAAAAAGCCUUUGAUAGGUUACCCCACAGCUGUAUACUCAAAUAUCUUGAACUGGAGAAAAUCUUCUCUGUUCCUGUAAUUUUCAUUUAAACCACUAAGCACCAAUGGCAAACAUCCGUGAUGCUCCACCAUGACAAAGGCCAAACCACAAUUCCAAAUAGAAAAAUGAAAUGGUGGAAUAUUCCAAGGAGAGUUUUUAAUUUGCAUUCUGUCUGGGGUUAAAGGAAUACCCUACCCAAAGGCUGUUUUGUAUGUAUGUAUGUAUGUAUGUAUAAAACAAUGUAAAAAAAGUCAAUGACAAAAAUCUGUGACUUGUGUCACAUAAUCCACACAUCAGGUCAUCUAGUCGUAUGCUCAUGAGGUCUCAUACAAGCUUUAUUUUGCACUACACUAUCAUUAAACAUUAGAUGUGAGCAAGCGUUUGAAUUUUAAACCCAUCUCCAAUCAUUACAUUUACAUUCAUAUCUACAACUAAACAAUCUCUGAAUUAUAUUAGCAUCAGACUCUGAAAUUGCAUUGGUGAAUUGACUUUCUUCUUGUUGAAGCAUCUUGGAUCUGUACAAAAAGAGGCAUAUUUUCUUUCUGACAAUGUUUUCAAUCUCUUUUCUUUAACUUUUCAUCUUUAAUCUCGCUGUGCUUGUGUUUUGUUAGGAUUUCUUGUUACAAUUCUCAAACAACAUGCACAGAUGUUUAGACUCAUUUGGAGUAUCAAAGUGGCCUUUUUAAAGGAAAACUUAACAACCAUUGAAACAUCAGCCCUAAUGAAGAUUGUAUCAUCAGAGAACUAAACCUAGAACUUACUUGUAAAUAGACAUUUUCAGUGACUUGAGGCUUGAGAUGCUCCAGUGCCUGCAACCCAAGUUCUAUUUCCUGUCCUCCUCUUUUAUUUUUUAUUCCAGCUGAGGUCUAUCCUUAAAACCCCCUGUGGUGUUCUGUGAUCUCCUCUCUUACCCUCUUUUUGAUUUCCAUUGCUUAUCUGUUUGAAAGCCUAACCACACCCUAUAUGCUGCUUUGUACAAGACUAGGUACAGCCUUUCAACAGCACACU